ACUUCUCUUUAACACACACCACAUUGAGUAAUAAUAUUAUUAUCAUCACAAACAGAGUUUCAAUUAAUAAAACAGAGAACUAAUAGCCAUGGGAAAUUGUUUGGUUUCGGAAGAGAAAGUAAUAAAGGUAGUGAAACCAGAUGGGAAAGUAUUGGAAUACAGAUCACCAAUCAAAGCAUUUGAUGUCUUAUCUCAAUUCUCAGGCCAUACACUAUCAUCAGCUGAAACAACAACUAGUAGUGGUCCAAUACUACUAAACCAAAAUCAACAUCUCAACCCAGAAACAAAGCUUCUAGGUGGUCACCUCUACUAUUUGGAACCCGUUCCAUCGCCCCCGAAAAAGAAGAAGACGGCGAAAAAGGUUAGGUUUACAGUGCCAGAAAAAGAAGUAGAAUAUACCAAACCCGAGCUAGAAACUACUACUACUACUAGCAGCAAUAGUAGUAGUAGCAAAGUUGUGAGGAUUAAAUUGGUUAUAAGCAAGCAAGAACUGCAGGAGUUGUUGAAAAAUACCAAAGGUGGAUCAUCAGUUGUUUCGGUGGAUGACAUGGUUUCUAAAUUUUGUUCUGAUGAUCAGAAAAUCAAACUUGAUCAUAAUUGUGAUUAUGAUCAAGGUGAAGGGUGUAAUUGGAAGCCUGAGUUGGAAAGUAUAGCUGAAGUAAAUUAGCAACUAAUGAUGGUGAUUAUGAUGAUAAUUAAGUAUAUAUAUUUUGUAGUUUUUGUUAUAGGUGACACAAAAAAUGGAUGUUGUAAUAAACUCCAUAAGAUCAUAUAUAUAUACAUCAUAAAUAUACAAACAGUUUUACUCAA